AUGGGCAACGCAGAGAGCGGCGGAGGUGGAGGCAGCUGCGACGACGAAGACAUGGGAACGGAGAGCCCCGGAUUGGCGGAAGACAGCCCGGCCUCUGCAGCCACUGGUGUCGGAGGCACCGGUCCGGGGAGAGGCGGAAAACGAUUAGCGAAGAAUAUCUCCGUGCCCACCGUUGGGCCGCCGAGCCCCGACGUGUUCUUCGAACAAGCGAAACUAAGAGAAGCGGCGGCUCGUAUUAGCGACUCAGGAGUCGUCAUCCGAGAGUCUAUUCUGGCUGGGAACGAGGGAGUCCUGGUCCGAUGGCUGGAGGAGCGGUUAAACCGUGGAGAAGAAUCCGUCAAUGUUGAACAGUUUUGUGAGAUGUUGGAAAGCAGAGAUGCUCCCAGAGAUGAAUGCGAAGAGGCCUUUGGACAGUUUGAUGCCGAGGGGGAUGGGGUGGUGGAUGUCGAGAGCAUGCUGAUUACUCUUAAGAACUCCAAUGGAGCUAAUCUACGAGGAGAGCUGAGUCAUGUGAUAAGGCAGCUGCAGGCGUGCUCCCUAACCCCAGGUUUUGUUGACAUAUUCUCCAAGACCAAAGACAGGUUGGGGGCACAUGCUUUCAAGAUCCUGAAAUUUUUGCACAGGAAUCAUAUUCCCAGCAGUGCUAUCCCUUUCCCCAUUUUAGACGGCUACAAUAGUAUCUGCACCAUGAGGUCCAGUGUGGUCCAAGACUUCUUGGAGUUCCUUUUGCAACGGGAAAAAGAUCUAGAUAUUCAGUACAGAGCAGAACUGGACCGUGACCCAGAUGUGGACAAGGUGAAGAUGGUCACACAGUGCUACAGCACGAUAGAAGCUUCGUCCAACGUUGCCGAUGUUUACAAGAUGACAAACGGAGAAACGUCCUCUUUCUGGCAGUCUGACGGCAGCGCACGCUCACACUGGAUAAGACUGAAACUGAAACCGGACGUGGUUUUGAGGCGGCUGGCCGUCGCCGUGGCAGCCAACGACCACAGUUACAUGCCUCAGCUGAUCUCAGUCAUGGUGGGAAAAAAUCUGCACUCCUUAGACAAGAUCCGAGACGUCCGCAUCCCCAGCAAUGUGACGGGCUACGUGGCACUCUUGGAGAAUGCCAACAUCACACACCCAUACAUCCAAAUUAACAUUAAGCGGUGCCUGAGCGAUGGCUGUGACACACGGAUUCAUGGUUUGAAGACGCUGGGCUAUCAGAUUACCAAGAAUAAAGAGGUGUCUGUCUCAGAUGCUUCAGCCAUCUGGUACCUGUCACUCCUCACCUCCUUGGUCACAGCCUCGAUGGAGACCAACCCUGCACUGGCUCAGACCGUGCUUCAGAGCACUCAGAAAGCAUUACAACACAUGCCACCAUUAUCCCUCACACCAUCAUCCACCAAGUUCCCCAAGUUCUUCUCUUCGAACAUCCUAGAGGAGGUGGAUGCUUUUCUCCUCAGGAUAGCAGAUUGCUGUGUGAGUCCUGACGCAGAGCAGACCCUCCUCGCCUUCGCUCUGGCCAGAGGCAGCGUGGCCAAAGUCCUCCAAGCUCUUUCCUGCAUCAGUGACCACUUGGAGACAGAAUACAAGGCCUCCUCCCUCAUCGCGUCAAUGGCCGCCGUUCGUCUGCAACUCCUUUAUCGAAAUGGGAAGCCCCUGCAGCUCCACUUACAAGCAUGUGAUGCAAAGAGUAAAGAGGAGAAAUCAGGACCAGAGAAUAUGCUUUCAGAAUCCUCUACUGGAGACGGUUUUCUCACCGAAAGUGGCAAGAAGAAAGCCAGUGUCAUCCUGUCAACCGAGGACCAGAGCAACUUUCAAGUCACUCAGAUGAAAAUCAACGUGCGAAAAGGGGCCAUCGGGGCAAAAUGCGGCUUGGUGUUUGCCUACAAAGAUGACGAACCGUUUGAUGCCGCCAAACAUUUCAAGAGGUUCAAAAAGUACGACACGUGGGACUACAAAGACUACAAGAAGUUUGUACAAGACAAUGUGAGGAUUCCACCGCUGUCCGAGGAUGAGCCCAUCGGCUGCUUUGAGGUGGAAGAGGACUGGAACGACGUGGAGAUCAAGCUGCAGCGGUGUCGUGUUGCAAAGUUUGUGAUGGUAAAGUUCCUGUGCACAAGGCAGGACACAGCUGAGCGCCUCGGAGUUCAGUCCCUCAGCUUCAGCGGCUACUCGUGUAGCGGAAGCCAAAAGCUUGAAGAUCUCGACGAGCUCAGCUCUACCAGCACUGAGCAGUGCAAAAAUCAUACCGUCACCGGCCUUUGUCUUCUCAAUAAGACUUUGUUCUUCAUUCAACAGCUCACACAAAAUAUGCUUAAGUGUCUUCUGGACUUUACUGGUCUUACCGUGGACCUCUUCUGGAGUUUCUACACUAAGCUGAUGGUUAUUGAGGGAGAAGAAGCGUUGAAAAGCCGAAUUCAUCUCCUGCAGUUGCUCCAGAACUGUUUCUCCAUGCUGCCCAACCCGCUGAGCAGCACCACAAAAGAUGGGCCUUCCAGUAGUGCAGAGCCUGCUUGCGUCAGUGCCGUCCACCAGCUUUACUCUCACCUCUGCCACAUUGUCAAUGAGCCUGAGGGAACAACAUUUAUGGAAAAAGCUUUGCACAAGGAGGCCGUGAAAGCCAUUCUAAACGGAGCAGCUGUUUUCUUCCCUGAUAAACUCAUCCGGCGGGACAAGCUGUUCCACAUGAUGAAGAAUAUCACAGAAGACUAUCAGCUGCUAUCUGUUAAAGUUACAUUUGAGUCGCUGUGUAAUUACUUCAGUGAUCUGGAUCCGAGUGGCCUUCUCCUGCUCCCGCCCAAAGGAGCUCCCGCUGACUUUGACAUCAGCCCGAUUCUAGCGGUGAUGGAGACGCUUCUGCUAGUGGCAACACAAGAGUGUGAAGUGAUGAUGUCAGAGGGCAGUGAUGGGCCCAGUCAGCAGACAGUGUUGCGGUCCUUGUUCUGGGCUCUUCAAGGAAGCCUCCUCUCUUGGUGCUACCUCCAACUCAAAGGAGGCACCUCCACUGCCGUUAGCAUGGAAUUGGCCAGAGUCAUCCUAUUAAAAUAUGUGGAUCAGUUCUUGGCAAGCAUCAAAAGUGUACUCGGUUCCCUACUCGGAAAAUACACUGGCACUGAGAUUACGAACAAAUUAGGCAAAUCCAUCAUUGCCACAGUCUUCAGACAACUGCUUAUUUUCCUCCUGGAACUUUGCUCUUUGGACAUUCCUCACUGUCUACUGCUUAAAAGUUUCUCCUCUCUGAUUGAGCUCCUCAAAAAUCUGUCCAGUGGCACAGGAGACAUUUUUUCCAAGGUGGACCAAGAGAGCUGGCACCAACCCCAACAGCCAGUCGUGCUGAGGACCUGGACCAUGGAGUCCUCUCAUAACUAUGAAGAUAGCCGUCACGAGACCAACAUCUUCACCUUCCCUGGCGCUACGUCAUUUGAAGUAGAGUUUGACGAACGCUGUGAGACAGAAAAGAGGUAUGACUAUCUGGAAUUCACUGACUCCAGAGGUGGGAAAUUUCGCUAUGACAUGAAGGUUGGAAGCGAAAAGUGGCCAAAGAAGGUAACAUUUGACACAGGCCCUCAGCUUCAGUUCCUCUUCCAUUCUGAUAGCAGCAAUAACGAGUGGGGUUACAAAUUCACCGUAACGGCCAUGGGUCUGCCAGACAUCACCAUUUCAUGGAUGUCUGACCUCCAGCUGCUUGUGGCUCGACUCAUGGGGCGCCUCGCCUUCAGAACGCUGGCACUCAAAUCACCUCAUGAGAUACGCUCUGUGAAAGAACUUCCGUCCUGGAAGGUGUCCCACGUUCAAUCUUCACUUCUGUGGAAACCCAUUCUCCGACAUGGCUUACAGGAGUCAAGGGACACGGAUCAAGCAAAAACAAUUCAGAUGAGCAAGUAUAAUCAUAAUGAUGUAACAAGGCUCCUGGAGGACUUUGCCAGAUGGAACCCUAGCCAGGAAUCCACUGACAGCGGAAUCGAGCUGAUGCAAAACCUUGUGCAGUCCUGUAAAAAACAGACAAUGAGGAAUGAACUAGCCACUGGCCCAAUGGCAGACCAUGCUGUGAAUGCCAUUUGGGCCGCCAUGGUGUACCACACACCCGUCCUCAUCAAUGCCCUCAAGACAUACAUCAAUCAGGAUUGCAAGUCGUGUCUCAAUGAGGAAUUUGUGCAGGCGUAUUCAAUGGCAGAUAGCAUCAGAACUUGGAUGUUGGAGAUGAAGCAGCGAUAUAUUGUCGGCAAAAUGAAUAUUCCUGAUGAGAAAGAAGGAGGCACCGAUGAGGUUACAAUCGAGAGUUUGGCCGGGAUGUGCAUCGAGAAGUGCCUCCUGCUCUUCCGAUUUUCCCCUUGCGGUACGUCAUGCCCCGACGGCGAUUCCUCCAAAGCUGCAGAGGGCAGCAUUGCUCCGAGUUCAGCAGUCUCAGAAGACAAUUUCCAAGCGAGCUCCUCACUCGAACAUCCGAGCACGGCACCUACAAUUGAAUCCAAAGCGGUUGAGAGCCAAUCUUCCAAUGUCCUCAACCCCUCGUGUACACAUUGCAAGUCAGACCACAAAGGCUCCACGGAAAGUCUCUCUUCCUGGGGAGCCGGCUGUCCAGCGUCCCCUUCCGCCUUAACCCACAAAGCCCCAUUCAGUCGGGCACGGCUCCGCCUCCUCUCAUGCCGCUCCGUGGAAGAACCCCGCACGUGCCCCUCUAUCAAAGAACGCUACCCGCUUCUCAAGCACAUACUCAACUUCAUUAAGGACAACGCCCUCACAACAGCAAAUAUCCUGCAAACAUUGUCACUGAACAAGGCUCAGGCUGUUAGUGUUUGCAAAGUCCUGGAGCUGGUUCAAGAGUGUUUGCAUUCCCUGGGAAAGCCGCACCUCUUUCAAGCUCCUUGCAUCCUGUUUCUUCAAGAGCUGUUGACAUGUCAGAAAGACUUCACCAGUUAUUUCUCUCAGUUGUCAGACAGCGGGCGAGAGCUUGGGGAGCAAGUGCGACGUUCCUACCAUCAGUUGGUGCUCAUUCUGGUUCAAGCAGUGCAAGGAUUCAGCAGUCUCAAUGACAAAGCUCUUCUACCAGCCUUGUCUUGUGUGCAAACCUGCUUGUUGCACCUUCUGGACUUGAAUUGGGAUGUGCACGACAUUCCCCUCUUCCUGAACAUCAAGCUUCCGGAACUCUUACUCAGCAUGUCCCAGGAGAACAUUAGUGUGCAUGACAUUGCUAUCAGCCAAUGGACAGAGGAGGAUGAAAUUGCAGACUACAAGAAGAACCAAGAGUGGAUGGACGAGUGCAUGGAUGGCAUGUUUGAGAAGUGGUAUGACAAAAUUGACGAAGAGGACUCGACGGAGGACAGACGAAAGAUGCACAUGUUCAUCGCACGCUAUUGUGACCUCCUCAACGUUGUGAUUUCCUGCGACGGCUGCGAGAGGAUGGCACCUUGGCACCGCUACCGAUGUCUGCAGUGCAUGGAUAUGGACCUCUGCAAAACGUGCUUCCUCAGCGGUGCCAAGCCCGAAGGCCACGAGGACGACCACGAGAUGGUAAACAUGGAGUACGCCUGCGACCAUUGCCAGGGCCUGAUUGUCGGCAGCAGGAUCAACUGCAACGUGUGUGAAGACUUUGACUUGUGCUUUGGAUGUUACAAUGCAAAGAAAUAUCCCGACAGCCACCUGCCCACGCAUCGGAUCACAGUUUACCCGAUGGUGACCAUCCGAAUAAGCGACCGCCAUCGUUUGAUUCAACCCUACGUCCACAACUACUCCUGGCUUCUGUUUGCUGCUUUGGCACUCUACACUUCAGAAGUGAUUAGUGAGAAGCAGAUCGACGGCCAAUUUUUGGAUAGCGCCACCUUGAGCCAAGCGGCAACCCUACAGACGUGGUGCUCAAAGCUCAUCACUGACUGCUUGCUCAAGGGGCAAACCAGCAAAGGUCUUCGUUGUUCAGCUUUGCUCAAUCUGCUGUUGUCCAAUGACUCCGCCUCCGACAGCGAGCUGGGUCCAGUCUCUCCAGAGUUCUCUCAGGAGGUCAGUACCGCCACAGACACCUCAUCUCUCCCUGGCAGCACUGCGGCAAUCUGCUCCCCUUCAUCACCCAAAGACAAGAUGAAACCAUCAGAAGAGCAAAGGUCAAAGGACGUGAGCUCUCUUCCCUCCGCUCCCGCCGAAAUGUUCUUACCAGCGACAGAGACGGAGAAAAAAAAACUUGUCAGCCAAGACACUUUGGAGUCAAUCAGCCUCAGCAAGACACCCUCCAUGUCUAGCGAGGACCCCCUCUCUCCUGUCAUUCGACCUUCCGAGUCGAGUCUGGCGGUCAACUCUCCGCCAUCAGAUAUGGUCAAGGAGACGGGUGAUCGGCUUCCUAAGGUCCCGCUCCAGGAGCAUGUCUUUGCGGAAUGCUCCAGAGAGAGGAUCCUGGGACUUCUAGCAGCCAUGCUACCGUCCGUCAAACAAGAGAAGACUUUUAGUCUGCCCAGUGUCAGCUCCAUCCUGCACCAACUUUUCAGGGCAGUCAUUUCCAAUGCCGGCUCUCUUAACGAGACCUACCAUCUUACCCUGGGGCUUCUGGGACAGCUCCUCAUGCGAAUCCCUCCAGCGGAGGCCGACGGCGCUGUCACCGAAGCCCUCACAGACAAGUAUGAGUUGCUGACGCAUGGCGAGGCGGCAAUUGGUGACACUCAUGGAUGGAAGACCACCCAGUUGCUCUUCAACUUGGGAGCUGUCUGUUUGGACAGUCGUAUUGGUUUGGAUUGGGCGUGCACCGUCGCGGAUAUUUUACACGAUCUGAACACGUGUCCCGGUUGGAGAACCGUCAUCGCCGCCUUCACCGAUCAUUGUAUUCAGCAGCUGCCGCAAACUCUGAAACGCACCAACCUCUUCACCUUACUGGUGUUGGUCGGCUUCCCCGAGGUUUUGUGCGUUGGCACGCAGACGGUGUUCAUCGACAACGCCAACGAACACCACACCAUGAUCUUACUCAAGCACUUCACAGAAACAAACCAGGCAGCGGUGGUGGAUGUGAAAACUCGCAAGAGAAAAACAGUCAAAGACUACCAACUCAUCCAGUCUCAGGAUUCUACAACAUGCCUCGCAGGACAAAACGAGGGCCAGUGUUUGCCCAAAACACUCGUCAGCCGCUAUCUGGACAACUUCAUCUCCAUCAUCUGCCACCUGCUACAGAGCAGUCAGGAAAAUGGCUCUCUUGAUGCUGUGGAGGCUUCUUGGGUCCUCUCUUUGGCCCUUAAAGGACUCUACAACACACUGAAGAAGAACGGCGUGACGGAAGCUCAGGAAGCCAUUCGGCAGUCGGGAUUAACCCAGCUGCUUGUUAGCAAGUGCAGCAAGGGAACAGGUUUCAGCAAGCUGUGGCUCUUACGAGAUCUAGAAAUUCUCUCCAUCAUGCUCUACUCUUCCAAGCGGGAAAUCCAUUCCAUGGCUCAGGACCCCGAGCGGGAUCAAGGAGAGCAGGACAAGGAGCACGACUCGGAUCACUCCAGCAGCAUAGCCGAUGACGGCGAUGUCAACAGGCUGGAUCCGCUCGAAGGGUUAGAUGAGGAAACUAAAACUUGCUUCCAGAUCACCAACAAUGCCUUGAACACCCCUCUGCCCAUUCUACGAGCCAUGUACGAGUUACAGAUGAAAAAAACCGACUCCUUCCUUCUGGAGGUGCACAAGAGAUUUGAUGGAGAGGAAAUAAAAACCGACGACACCAUCCGCACUUUAGCUCAGAAAUGGCAACCACCCAGACGGCCUCACUCGGAGGAUCGGAACACCAAGGCCGUCGACACGGAUAUGAUCGUGGCAUCUUGCGUUUCGAAGCCCAGUCAGUGUGAAAAAGCCACGGACGAGGUGAACGCGGUGACGCAGAGGCUCAUCACCAACUCGGAGAGCGACUUGCAGAUCAGUUACGCCAAACAGCGGCGCACAAAAAGCUCGGCGCUGUUGCACAAAGAACUGGACGUUCGCAGCAAUAAAGCAGUUCGUCAGUACCUGGUGAAGGUCAACCACGCCAUCUCCACGCUGUACGCUCGCCACGUGCUCGCCGCCCUUCUGGCCGACUGGCCCGCCGAAGCGCCCCUGAGCGAGGAGGCCCUGGAAUUGAACGGCGCUUCUCACAUGGCCUACAUCCUGGACAUGUUAAUGCAGCUGGAGGAGCGGCUACUGUGGGAGAAGAUUCUCCAAAGGGUCUUGAAAGGCUGCAGCCAGAGUAUGCUGUCCAGUCUUUCCCUCACGGCUUGUCAGUUUAUGGAAGAGCCGGGUAUGGCGGUGCAAGUGAGAGAAUCCAAGCACCCGUACGACAACAACACCAACUUUGAGGACAAGGUGCACAUCCCAGGGGCCAUUUACUUGUCCAUCAAAUUUGACUCCCGCUGCCACACAGAAGAAGGUUGUGAUGAAUUCAUUAUGUCCAGCAGCAGCGAUUUCCUUCAGGAUGUCCACAUCUUCAGUGGUUCUCCACAGAAAUGGUCUGAUUUUGAAAUUCCAGGUGAUACCUUGUACUACAAGUUUAUGUCGGACAUGAGCAACACGGAGUGGGGCUACAAGUUUACAAUUACAGGGGGUCACAGGGGUCGUUUCCAGACAGGUUUUGAGAUCCUGAAGCAAAUGUUGGCUGAUGAGCAGGUCCUCACUCAACUGCCACUGACUGACAUAUGGGAGUGGCAAGUAGGCGUGGCCUGUCGUCAGACCGGGAACCAGAGACUGAAAGCCAUUCACCUGUUGCUCCGCCUCUUGCAGUGUCAAUCCCAGACAGUUUAUGAGCUGACUCUACUUCGACCUCUAUGGCAGCUCUUUACGUCCAUGGAGAACAAUUUGAGCCUGGAUCCAACCAGUAUUACUGUGCUGCUACCUCUUCACCGAGCUCUCACCGAGCUCUUCUUCAUUGCCGAGGCCCGCGCUAUCGCACAGGACAUCCUCCAGGAGUACUUGUUAGCGAUGACCACCGAUGAACACCUCUUAAAUCGUACAGCACUGGGUCUGAAGAACAUCGCCGCCAUCAGCCUGGCUAUCAAUUACCCUAAUAAAUCGACCAAGCUGCUGAACGUGUCCCAGUGAGAGAGAUCCUGCCGGAGACAUAUGAGGGGAGCAGCCUAAGGGAGGAAGGAGUAAAGCAGCCAGUGCUCUUUUUUUUCCUCUGACAGGAAACGCACCAGUGACUUUUUGCGUGAGGCAGACUCAACAAGCACUUUUUACACUUACUCACAACCCCCUUUGCCUUAGAUGAAGCCCACAAGUCCACAUGUGCACAUCACAUGUAAAUACUGUGGGAUCUUUUUUUUUUAUUCUUUUUUUUUUUUAAAUCACAUAUUUUUUACUGAAUCAUGUCACGCUGAAGGACUUGACAAAAUCCCAACUGUCCCGAAAACAUGCUCCUCUUGCCUUUAAGAAAAACGUUUUUUUUUUUUCAACAAGUAGUUGAAGCGCAUCUAACACAAUCUAGAAACGGGUCACACUGACGCCUUGGUUGUCUCAGCAGACAUGCGGAGCAUCCUAAAAAUACUGUCCAGGACAGUGAAGCAGGAAAGGGGGGUGGGGUGGGGGGCUGUGUCGCUAUUUUCUUUCCUUUCCAGAUAUCUGACACAGGAAUUACCAUAAUAUUUUUUUUGGGGGGGGGGAGGGGUUUGUUCCAAGGUUCAGUGUCUCGUGCCAGAUAAACGUGAUGCUUUGUCGUGGCAUAGAACGGGGAUUAGGAUUACAGAUGAGGGAAAACUUCCGUUAGUGUGUUUCUCUCCUAACUUUAUUCAAGUGCAGUAUCCUCAAGGGACUUCUCAGUCAAUUAAGACAAAGCAACUGUAAUGUCGUAUCAUGGGAAAGAAAAAAAAAGACUUGAAUUCCUUAAAGGUCUUUAGUUUUAUCCACAGACUUUAAUUUAUUGUCGUUUUACGACGUGUACCUGAACGUUUGAUAGUCCUGAUGUCAGACCAAGCGGGGCCACGAUUAACCGUACACAAGACGUUGUGUAUAGCAGAAUAAACAGUCUUGAAAUUAAAAAAGAAAGGAGAGUCCUCAGAAAGAGAAGAACAAAUUGGAUGAUGGGAUAGCUCCUUUUAUGAAGAUAUUUGCAGGAGAGGAGGUUCAAUCACGUGACUGGAGUGAGAGGAGUUUGUUAGCCAAAUGCAGACAGUAUCAUGCACUUUUUUUUUCCCUCUAGUUCUCAACAGGGCAGAUUUUGGGGUGGUUGUUUUUCAUUUCAGAUUAAAAAAAAAAAAAAAAACUUCAAUUGUAGGAAAACACGUUUGUUUAUGCCAAAGAAAUCCACAGCCGCGAGAAUCUCCAAAUGGGCUCCUAGCUGAGUUCCCUUUAGUUUAUUACAUAUCACUUCAAAACGAGACGAAGUAACCUUUGUAGAAAAGUUUCUUAAUUUUUCUUUUUUUAACUUUCCUUUUUUUUUUUUUUUACUUUUUGGAUGACAGAGUAGGAAAGCGUUGUGCUUUUGUUCACGCCAACAUUAACUUGAAGUAAAUGAAGGCAGGAAGAGGUUAGUUAGGCCUCCUCCUGGCUUCCAUAACGCCUCACCAAUCUACAACGUGCCUAAGAUUAACAAUCAAGCAAUCAUAAUUUAACAAGUGGGGGCGUAUUCAUUUGAUUACAAUGUUUUCUUUUGAAGUUAUUCUACUUUUAAUGUCGCAUUGUUUUCCUUGAGGAUGCUGGAUUCUACUCAUUUGAAUGUACGUACUGUAUCUUGUGAAUAUUAAAUAGCAAUUCCUUCUAAAUAUCAUCACUAUCGGGCACUAACAGAUGGACACUUUGACUCGGAUUUUGUAUGCAUGCCACGUUCAAGGCAAAAACAGUACUACUAGGGUUGAGUCGUUUCUAAUAAUAAUAAUAAUGACAAAAAUAAAAGCAUAGAAAUGACAUCAAUGCAACCCAUACAA